AUGUCGGAACAGACAGCGGAAGAUCGGCAGAUCGAGCAAUGGAAGGUGAAACGCCUUGUUAAGAUGCUCGAUGCUGCACGCGGAAAUGGCACAUCUGCCAUUACACUUAUUCUCAAUUCCAAGCAGGACAUCAACCUGACAAACAAAAUGCUGACGGAGGAGUACGGCACUGCGUCAUGUAUCAAGUCACGGGUAAACCGCUUGUCGGUGCUGUCAGCUAUUACAUCUACCCAGCAGCGUUUGAAGAAGUACAACCGUACUCCGCCGAACGGCCUCAUCAUUUUCUGCGGCGAAGUUCUGACGGAGGACAACAAGGAGAAGAAGCUGACGAUCGACUUUGAGCCGUUCAAGCCCAUCAACACUUCCAUGUACCUGUGUGACAGCAAAUUUCACACUGAACCCUUGGCUGAGCUCAUGGAGGAUGACGACAAGUUCGGGUUCUUGAUCAUGGAUGGUAACGGCUCCCUAUUCGGAACUGUGCAGGGAAACCACCGUGAAAUCUUGCACAAAUUCACCGUGGAUUUGCCAAAGAAGCACGGCCGAGGAGGACAGUCUGCUUUGCGUUUUGCACGCCUCCGACUAGAGAAGAGACACAACUACGUCCGGAAAGUUGGAGAGACAGCGACGCAGAUGUUCAUUCCAAAUGGCGAGACCCCCAACAUCAAGGGUCUGAUUGUUGCAGGUUCCGCUGAGUUCAAGCAAGAUCUGACGACAAACACAGACCUUUUUGAUCAGAGACUGGCAGCCAUUGUGAUUCCUCCACUUCUCGAUAUCAGCUACGGUGGCGAAGCUGGCUUCAACCAGGCAAUUGAGCUGUCAGCAGAGACGCUUAGGAACGUGAAGUUCGUCCAAGAGAAAAAGUUGGUCACAAAGUUCUUGGAUGAAGUCGCCACAGACUCUGGUCGAUAUUGCUUUGGGAUCAAGGACACUAUGCAGGGCUUAGAAGCCGGUGCUGUGGAGACCCUCAUCAUUUGGGAGCAGCUGGACAUCAAGCGACUCGUGAUUCGGAAUCCUCACACAGACACUGAGGAAGUCAAGUACGUGACUCCCGAACAAGAGAAGGAUCCAAAGCUCUACGUCGACAAGGAGACGAACGUAGAGCUGAACGUGACCGAGAAUGAAGCAUUCUUGGAUUGGAUAGUCGUGAAUUACAAGAACUUUGGUACCAAGCUAGAGUUCAUCUCCGAUAGGUCGCAGGAGGGUAACCAGUUUGUCAAGGGCUUUGGCGGGAUUGGCGGGCUCAUGAGAUAUCAGCUUGAGUUUGACAUGCUGGAGGAGCCCGACUUCGCAGAAGCGGACAGUGAUGAUGAUUUCAUGUAA